UUUGAAGGACUCAAUCGAUGACAUGGAUGAUUUCUGCUUGGACUUGAAAAUGAGAAAAAGCCCAACAAAGCGUGCACAGAAGGACCUUCAGACCAAGAAGAAGUGGAUGACUCCUGGAAAGAAAAACAGUUGCUGUCGAGAACUGCAGCAUCCAGAGGCUUCAAGUGACACUGAUGAUUCUGUCUUUGUAGAAUCCGACUACCAAAAAGGGGGAGUGAAAGACCUGAAAGAGAAAGAUAUCAAGUCACCCUGUGAGGAUGGCCAGCCUUUGAAAGGGGAGGGAGUCAAGACACCAAGGCCAAAUGCCAUUUCACUUCAAGAAACACCUUCCAGGAUAAUGGUUUCUGCAAGAAUUCCUAGGAAUGAAUUGGUCAGUUGCUCACAGUCAGCAAAGACAGGGGAAAGGCUCAGGGUGUGCUCAGUGCCUGGCUGUUUCUUGCAAGAUCUCUCAAAUCCAGGUUCCCACUAUGUGAAGUAUUUCAAGAAAAAUAAAGAGGAGCUGGCAUGGAAACUCUACUGCCUGUAUAAUAGUACCAUCUUUGAGCAGAAGUUACCAGACAAAAUGGAAAUAAUCUGGAAUAAGAAAAUGAGAAAAACAGCAGGAUAUUGUGUAACUGGGCAGACAGAAGGUCCUGAAGCAAAGCGUUACGCUCGCAUAGAACUCUCUGAGAAAGUCUGUGACUCUGCAGAUCGUCUUCGAGACACGCUGGUUCAUGAGGCUUGCCAUGCAGCCACCUGGCUGAUCAAUGGUGUUCGCGAUGGACAUGGACGAUUCUGGAGAUAUUAUGCCAGUAAAUCAGCUGUGAUUCAUCCAGAACUGCCGAUAGUAACACGUUGCCACAGCUAUGAGAUUAAUUACAAAUUCAUCUAUGAGUGUGUUCUGUGCAAAGCUACGACUGGACGUCAUUCCAAGUCUCUGGACACAGAGCGCUUUGUAUGCGCAUUCUGUGGGGGGCAGCUGGUCCUGAGUCGGCCCACUCAGAAAGGUGGCACUCCUGCUAGGACACAUCUAACGCCCUUUGCAAAGCAUGUGGAAGAAAACUGUGGGCUUACUAAGAGAGAGCAGCAUGGGCUGAGUCCUGCAGAAGUCAUGCAGAAACUCAGUGCUGAUUUUGCUUUAAAAACUAGGCUUCAAGAUUCCUUGUAA